AUGUCUUUCCUCUCAUCAUGGAGCAAAGCUAUGUUCCUCAUUGCCUUGACAUUUCCUCUUUAUUCCGAAACUUCGUUUAACUCUCAAAGACUCAAUCACCCUGAGCAGCCAGACUGUGAUGUGUAUAAAAACCGAUUACAUGCCUGUACCAGAGAAUGGCGUCCAAUCUGUGGGACCAAUGGCCAAACUUACUCCAAUAGAUGUGUAUUCUGCAGUCGAAUGAUGUAA